AUGAAGACAUUUGGCACAUACGGACCUGUGAAUCCUGAAGAAAAUUAUGUUGUCUCACGCGCUGUGGAACUCGCUGAUUUUAUCAACCGCGUCAAACAGGGACGAUAUAUCGUUAUCUUCGCGCCCCGGCAGACAGGUAAAACCACGUUCUUCCAAUGGGCUCUUGAAGCACUCACCGUCGAUACCGCAGAGACCUACUUCCCCAUUGAACUCAAUUUUGAAGUGUAUGAAAACUAUUCCGCCCCGGAUUUUUACAACUCCCUCUAUCGAAGAAUUGGUAGGGAAAUUGCGCGCGUCUUUCAGAAACGCGGCAUCGCCCCUUCUGAAGCCUUAAGACAACUCUUGGAGAACACAAAAUUAACCGAUCACGUUGCGAUGAUGGAAUUCUUUGAACAACUUGGGGAGCUUCUCGGAGAUGAGAAACUUAUCCUCAUUAUUGACGAGUUUGAUGGUAUUCCCCGCGAUGCUGUGAGUGGUUUUCUUCGUUCGCUCCGCAAUAUCUAUGUUCAUGGUUCUAUGCGUAAAUGUCCCUACAGCCUCGGUGUUGUAGGCGUUAAGAGCAUCGCGCAACUCAAUUUAGACCGCUCUAUUUCGCCGUUCAACAUCCAAGACGAGUUCACCUUGCCCAACUUCACCCUUGAACAGGUCCGCGCGCUCCUUGCACAGUAUACGGACGAAGUCGGCCAAGCCUUCGCCCCUGAAGUCGUUGAGAGUAUUCACAGACAGACUGCCGGACAGCCCUUCCUCGUCAAUCGAUUCGCGCAGAUUCUUACUGAAGAGAUGGACAUUCCGAAAAAGCGAACCGAUUACAAUAGAACACUUCCCAAAGGCACACGCAGAAAUUCUUGA